UCCUUUGCGCCGCUCCACAGCUCACAGGAACAAGAAGGUCGCACACAAUAUCGCUGUACUGAAGCAGAGAAGAAACCAGGCUUUAAUCAUGCUGGGACAAGCUGUGAGGCGAUUCACCACGUCUGCUAUUCGUUCUUCACACUAUUCUGAAGGACCAGGGCAGAACCUGCCAUUUUCCGUGGAGAACAAGUGGCGUCUCCUAGGAAUGAUGGUGCUGUUCUUCGGCAGCGGCUUUGCAUUUCCCUUCAUUGUCGUCAGACAUCAGAUCCUGAAGAAGUAAAAUGGACCAAUGCUAACAUCAGCCUUCGAGGUCGUCAGAUGGAACAUAUUUUAUCCAACAGAGUGCUAUCCAUGUAGAAGAAUGGGAUCUCUUAAUUUUCUUUGUAAAUAAAGUUUCCUCAAAUAUAACAAA